CUGAAUGUCUUCGAUCUAUUUCAACAUUCCAUAAUUUCGAUAACGAAUAAUAUAAAAGCUUGAUGUAAAUUCUCUACUAAACACAACAGUUUUAAUCAUUCUAACGUCACCAUCAUUUUAUUUUAUAAAAAUAAUAAUUAAUAAGAUUGAAACUACAAAACUUGACAACAGUAAAAUUCAAAUUUAUCGAGUUUUUCGGUAUUAAAAUAUAAAAUUAAAAUAAAUAUUUUGAAAGUUUACAAAUAAAUAUUAAAUUAAAAAAUAAAAAUGGGCAUCACUGUAGAAAUACAAGCAGGUAAAGAUAAAGAAUCGAGCAUAGUUACUGCUGAAGGUGAAGAAACUCGUAUUAUAUCUAACGAAGAUAUAAAAACAUUUGGAUUAACAGAAGACGAAUUGAAAGCUGCAGUAAGCAGUUACAUGGGACAAGAGCCUGAUGACGUUUAUCUACGGAGUCCUACACCAUGGGGUGAUUUGUACAAAGUCUAUGAUAAACCAGAAGUCAAAACAACCCUGAAGGUAUUUAGUUCUGAGUUAUCGGAAGUUGACAGUAAGCUAACAGUGGUCGAGACGGUGGAAUAUGUAAAUGACAACUCUCAUGACUGUAGUUUUUGUCAAACUGUUGAAAAAAAGGUUACGAAUACUGUGUCUUCAAAAUGGUCUGAGAAUACUGAAGUAGAUUUAGGACUAAAAAUUAAUUAUAAAGUUGGACCUGUUGGUGGCGAGGCAAGUAUUGAUUACAAGAACUCGUGGGGUACUGAUAAAUUUAAAGAGGACGUUGUGGAAAUAAAAUCAACAAUGUCUGCGAGUAUUACUAUUGGACCUUAUGAGGUUGCUUACUUACAUCUAACGUCAUCAAAAGGUGUAUUGAAAGCUGAAAUUGUUCAUGAAGCAAGUUUGAACGGUGUGGUUGUAGUUAAUUACAGUGAGCCGUAUAAAGGCCAUCAUUUUUAUUUUCUACCGAUUGCUAAUGUUAUGAAACAGGCUGGUAUCAGUAAUUCUGUUAAAGUUACGGAAACAAUUGAAGCUGGAUUUCAUGGUAAUUCUAGUAUCAUUGUUAGCGAUAAACCAGAAUUAAAUACUUCUAGAAUUGACCCUUGUUAUCAUAGAUAACGCUCGAAAAAAUUUUAUCUGUUUUAUUUUCUAAAAAUGGAAAUUAAUAUUUAUGAAACUAAUAAAAAACUUUGUGUGUAAUUAAUAACUAAUAUACAAAUGUAUCAACAAGAAAACUUACACUAUUUGAA